GCGAGCCAGCCAGGAGCCUUUGUGUGUGAAUAUUUUGGGGUCAUACAUACAAUUUUCUUUACUUACUUUAUUUUUGCUGAAAAUCAAAUCAAAAAUGGAUUCAGUUGCACUUUCCGGCAUAAAUAUAUCACAGUCUGUGAUGAUCUCCGGUGUGUCUAACACAAAAGCUGAUAACGAAAUUCUUGACUACUUGCGUACUUAUGGGAAUCUUAACCGUCAUUUUUACGUAAAUGAUCCCGCGAGUACUUUCUUCAAAAACCUGAUCGCUGAGUUUGUAGAUACCACUGCUUUUACAACUCUAGAGCCGUUUCUGCCUUACACCCACUGUUCUAAAAUUGUUGCCGACCUUGUGUUCCGCGUCACAGCUUUGGCCUGUGAGUACGCCGCCACAGAGGACAGCAGCAGUCCCCCUCCCAACUACCUCAAAGAGCUCAAGCAUAUUGCUGACCGCAGCGGGCACCGGUUUGAAGAUGUCUUGAAGACGGUAAUGAGGCAGAUUGGCCAACAUUUGCAUGAAGCAGGAGCAGAUGAUGAGGAAAAUGGAGUAGACGAGGACAAUGGCAUAGAGGAGGAAGAAAAGGAACUGGAGCAGCAGCAAUUGUCUUCACCCCCUGCCGGACAGGUUUCCACUGACCAGCAGGGGGCACGACCUCGUCAAAGCCAGACUGGACCAACUCAAAGAGUAUCACUCACAGCCCAUGAUCUCAACCCACCACAAAUACAAAGGGUUGUUGUUGAGCAUGUGGUCCGAAACCCAGACAUAAGCACCACAACUUCACUACGUCUCCGUGCUUUUUCAGGAAGGAUUCCUAAGCCAAGUAGUGAAGCAGAUUUUGAAUCAUGGCGUUCCCAAAUUGAUCUAUUGCUUGCCGACCCCAGUUUGUCAGCUCUAUACGUCACCAGACGUAUUAUAGAGAACCUGUUGUCACCUGCUGCUGAUUUGGUUAAAGGUCUAAGUCCCAACACACUGCCUUCAGUCAUACUAAGUGUACUUGACUCCGCUUUUGGAACAGUUCAAGAUGGUGAAGAAUUGUAUGCUCAAUACUUAAAUAUUCUUCAAAAUCCAGGUGAACGACCAUCCGCUUACCUCCAAAGA